AUGGAGCUGGGCAAACUCGUCACCGCGGAGUCUUGUGGGUGUAUCUACUACUUUAUCAUCGAUGACGUGCACCCCGAUGAGCCGCACCACGAUGAACUCAAGCACUACUACGUGGUCACCGCAGACUCUUCCAGUUUAUCAUAUCGAGAGGCCUACGGCGUGCUCUGCCGUGCCCUGUGCAGCAUAGACAAUCGCACGUUUCUUCACCGGUGGCACUCUCUGUACGAGCAGAUAUUCGGCCCGACACCGUAUGUGCAGUUUGUGGAUGCAGUGCGAAACAGUCCACUGGUGUCCGUGGACAGCUUUGCUCCCCACGAUAGAGUUUGCAGCAGCAAUGGCAAUGGUCACGCUGUCGCUACAAACCCGCUGCAGGUACCUUGUACGGUUGACCCCGGCAAUCGAGGUUCCUCUGCUACCUCCAUGUGCCCCACUAGCACCGUUGCAGUCUUUUCAAAGGAAGCGACAGCGCGGCGUGCUCUGUGUAAGAUGGCAGGCAUCUGGAAGGAGCAGCCAGAUUGCCCAGAGCACGCGAGCGGGGCACACAGUUCUCAUCAGCAGCACGGCUGUUGCACCCCUGUAGAGGCACUGUGCGCAUCCCUUAAGGGUGAAGAAAUCCAUGACCAUUCGGUGCCUCAGCAGCCGCUGAUGACGGCAGAGACCACAGCCAUCGAGUGUGCCCACCAAGGCAAGGAGUGCACCGGUCCUGCUGUCAAAGGCAGUGCACGUCAACCGCAACAAAGAGCAAGCGCGUUGCUCAACUUAGCCUCUCGCUGGAGGCCGGGUAAAUCCUGCUCUGCAGUGGAAGCUCGACGUGCAGCGCACGAGCUUCAGCGCCAACUGCAGGAGGGGCGCGAGCGUCCCAUGAAGUCAGAGCAGCACUGUCAUCUCCGUUCAAGGGUGUUGGGCAAGGAACCAGGUACAAACAACGGAGAAAAGCAGACCACCGCCACCGCUGUCUCUACUUGUGCACCGAAACCCGCACUGCCAGAGCCACAGGAGCAGCUGAAUGCAGUACAGGUUAACCUCUCCGAGGAGGAAGUGAGGCACUUGAAACAGCGCGAGGAACUUCUGGAGGAGAAUGCGGAGCUCAAGAAGCAGCUGGAGCAGCUGCGUCGAGAGCAGAGUGCUCGCAUUGAGCAGUUUCUGAAAGACAACGAAUAUGCCGUUAAUCGUAUGGAGAACGCGCUGCACAAACGCGAGGAAGAGGUGCGCGCCGUCUAUAGUCGAGCGCUGCAAGAGCGUGAUGUGCGUAUAGCUCAGCUCUCGCAAGAGAUCCUUUGCCACACCCAUGACUCGCGCCAGCUGGCCUUGGCGCGAAGCGACGAGGAGCAGCUUCACGCCCAGCGCGCAGCGCACCUCGAAGACAAGGCGGUGCAUCUUCGGGAGUGGAACGUAUCCUUGCAACGGCAGCUGGCAGAGGCAACCGACGAGGUGCGACGACUGCGUCAGCGCCUCGAGGUAAUGGAGACUGCCUCUCUGCGCGACACCAAAAGCUGUGCGUUCCCGUCGGGAGAUGCGGUCAGAGAGCUGCCAGGAGUGUGCCUGACGUGUGGUGGCCUGCCUUGUGCACCGCCGAAUCAGCUCGUGACGCAACUCUAUCAUACCCAGCAGCUGCUUCAGGAGUGCAGGGAAGAGAACCAAGUCAAGUCAAACGAGCUGAUGCGAGCCGCUCAGCUGAUAGAUGCCUUGAAGGAGGGACUCGGCCGAGUCAAGAUGGGCAUUGGCGUAGAUUUCGCCGCUAGUUUUGCGGCCACUAGGGUCCAGUGA